AGGAGGGUGGUCGGGCUUCUCUUCGCACAUCCCAUAGUCCCAUACACGUAUUACCGUACUGAAAAUGGCCGCCAGCUGUCACUCGCUUGUGAAGUGUAGCUUGUUGUGAAGGAACACGACGCGGAUUCGUCACGGAACGGUUUCUCGAAGUGUGUAGCAUACCGCGGGGUUGCGAUGUACUUUUGCGGCUCGUUGGCUAAGAUCACCCGGGAUCGUCGUGAGUGAGGGAAAAAGAGAGGGAACGAAUGAGCGAGCGAGCGAGCGACAAAGUAGAGGAAAGAGAAAAAAAGAGCGGGGAACGAGAGAAAGUGUACGGCGCGACGGCGCCCCCCCCGACGGUGUUGCUUCCACAAUUCCAUGAGAGUGCGGCUAGCUUGGCUGUUUACAAUUCCUAUUUCACGUGAAGUGCGUGGCUAGUCUGUUGCCCGCGCGACCGCGGUAACGCCACCGUAACGCGACCGAGUUCGGAGUCGUCCACCGCAGCCGCCUCCUCCUCCUCCUCCUUCUCCACUUCGAUCCGUUUGCGAAUCGGUCUCGCAGUAGUCGCAGUCGCGGGGCUCUCCCGAUACUCCUUGCCCCGCGAUACACGGCCUUCCCUUGGGAGUUCUCUCGAUUCGCUUGUUUUACACUCCUCAGGGCAAUUAAGGAAGCAGAAUGGGUUCCAGUCAACAGUUUUCUCUUAGAUGGAACAAUUAUUUAAAACACAUUACUUGUGCUUUUGAAACAUUGAGGUCAGAUGAAGAUCUCGUAGAUGUUACUUUGAGCUGCGAAGGCAAAAAAAUCAGAGCACACAAAAUGCUAUUGUCAGCAUGUAGUACAUAUUUUAGAGAUUUAUUUAAGGAAAAUCCGUGCCAGCAUCCCAUCAUAAUAUUUCGCAAUGUAAAAUUUGACGACUUGGCUGCCUUGGUAGAUUUCAUGUACCAAGGCGAAGUGAAUGUUAUUCAAGAGCAACUAGCAAGUUUUCUCACAACGGCAGAACUCUUGGCAGUACAAGGUCUUACAGAUGGCACAGGAAAGGAUGACACUCUAGUAGAAGAUGACAUAGAAAUUCCCAACGAGCCUGAAGUUCAACUGCAGAACACUUCUGGUAAAUCCAUGGGGGAUAAUAAGAGGAACAAGUCCCCAUCGUCUCCGAUGCCAUACCAUGCCGUUGAAUUACAACCCGAAGUGCCACCAAAUAAAAGGAGAAAAAUUCGAGAAAAUAUGAAUGUGAACGCGGAGAAGAAUUCAGCGAUCAACGCGAAGGAUUCUGAUGGGAAAACGGCGGAAAAUCAGACAGGGCCGGGUUCUGAUCCAGUUGAAAUAAUUCCCCUCAUGCCGAACUUAAAGCUGGAGAUGCCGGAAUACUUGGAACAAGAUGGUAGCAGUUGUAGUUAUGAAGAUCAGAGUAUAGGCGACAAUGCACUGAAUAAGAUUACUAUAGACGAUACGUCGUCGACCACGCCUGAUCACGAACAGAAGGUCGACAUCAGUCAAACAUUUUACACAAGUCAAUCGGACGGUUUGGACAGCAAACAUCAAUCAGAUGUUGGACAUCUACUAUCUAAACCAAGUACUUCGGGAGAGAGAGCAACACAGGAUGCGGUACAGGAACAUGCCGCGGAUGGCGACGACGACGACGGCGUCGCCGAGCUCGUCCCGGAUGACGAUUACGGUCAGUCCGGCGCUGCGGCGGACGGCCUCUUGUUUCGCUGUAGAAUUUGUUGGAAGGGUUUCAAGCACCCCAUGUCGUUGACACUGCACAAGGACUUGCACACGGGCCAGACCAGGUGCCCGAUUUGCCAGCGCAUCUUCAGUCGAAGUUACGACAUGAAGGCACACUUGCUGCGCAUCCACAAACGUCAGCACACAUUCAGUGUGUUCGACGUCCAAUCAAACUUUCAAAAGUGAUGACUCUUUCCUCCUCAGGCUUCUUUUUCGGGUUCUUCCACCGGUUUUCUUGCGAUGAUUUUACGCGAAGUUAAUCGUUACGCGGAAUAUCUCGCGAGAAGGUAGUUUACAAAGAUUUCUUGUGUUUAUAUAGCUUAAUAUUUGUCAACAAAUAUAUUAUAAGAGGCUUAAGUACUUAAAGACGAAAGUUAAACGAUCUAAAAUAUAACUAAAUUUCAACAGAGUGCAAAUAACGGGGACAUAUUCCCUGAAUAAUUUCAAGUUUAGAACGAGCUUAAUUUUUAAAGUAUUUGAUAUGUUCGCUGUCAAACAAAUUUCGCAUCGACAAUAUAACAACUGCAUUACGAUAUCGUAAUAUACGUUGAUAACAUAUUUUAGUAUUUGAAAAUGAAAGAACAAGCGAGAUGUACCCUUCGUUGUAGUUGAUAAACGAGAUUACGUUUAAGAAAAAAAAAAGAAAAAGAUAAAUGAAUUAGGCAUAAGCAUUUAUGUGCUAAGCUAAAAAUUAUUACAAUCAUUAUAAUCGACAGAAAUUCUAUCUUAACAUGGGCCAAACGACAGUAUUUCAGUCUAGUUAAAUUGUACAAAAAUCUAGUUUCCAAAUUAUUACAUUAUAACAUUCUAAAUUAUUAUACACAUAGU